AUGGAUAAGAUUGAUAGAUACAAUGAAUUGAGAAGUAAGUAUAAAUAUCAUAUCGAUUCAUAUAAUACAUUGUAUCAGUUAAACACUGAAGAUGAUGAAGGAUUAAGCACUAUUUACAAAAUUAUACAAACAAAUUUGAUUGAUUCAAUGAAAUAUCACCCAGAGAAUAUUAUAAAAGAUAUCUUAGACAUCAUUCCAUAUAACAAUUGUUAUGAAAUGUCAUAUUUGAAACUUGCGAAACUCAUCACUGAUGAAUAUCAAGUAAAAGAAGUCAAAAACUUGCCAGAUAUUUCGAAUCACCUGUUUUAUAAAGAAUAUGGAAUCAAUUUAAGUGGAUCUAAUGAUUUUGAUGAAUUUAAUUCAGAAAAUAUUGAUAUUUAUUCAGAAAAUACAAUUUACAAUGCAAUUAUGAAAAAUGAUUUAAAAAGAUUUAUAAUUUUCACGGAAAGAGAUGAAUUUGACGAAGAUCAAAGAUUACAAAGCAAAUUAUUUCCACAAUCUAGCAAUGGCUAUUCAUUGCUUGAAUUAUGCUGUUACUACGGAGCAGCUGAUUGUUUCAAGCUAUUAAGAACAAAAUUUAACUCAGAAAUAACUGAAACAUGCUUAGAAUUUUCAUUUUUAGGAAAAAAUCCAGAAAUCAUGAGUGAAUGUUUGAAAUAUCAAAAACCAAAUCAAGAAUGCAUGAAAUAUACAAUUAUUUCACACAAAAUCGAUUUUGUUACAUUUUUAAUGAAUGAAUACGAUAUAAGGAUUGAUUUACGUCAAUGUGGAGGUUAUAAUAAUCUUGAAUCACUUUUAGUUUAUUUCGAUAAAACAGCUCUACAUUAUCUUAUUGGAUAUUGCUUUAUAUAUUCUGCAUGUUUCAAUAUUCCAUCACUUUGUGAAUAUUUCAUUUCACUCGGUACAAAUAUCAUUGUUAAAGAUGGAAGAGAAGCUCUUUAUAAUGCAGUAAAAUACAAUAAUAAAGAAGUUGUCGAGUGUCUUCUUUCACAUGGUGCGAAUUUCUAUAAACGCCAAAAGCAUCAGACACCUAUUCUUUAUUAUGCAAUAAUUACGAAUAAAAAUAAAGAAAUGGCUGAACUUCUUAUUUCACAUGGUGCAAAUAUUGAUGAAAGAGAUAAUGACGGAGAAACAAUCUUUGAUAUUGCAUUUAAAGAAUUCGAAAAAAAUAGAUAUAUAGUUGAACUUCUUAUUUCACUUGGUGCACAUUUCAAUCCUAAUUUUUACCUCAUUAAUGCAGCAUCUUCCAAUAAUCUAGAAAAAAUUAAAUUUCUGGCUUCAUAUAAUAUAGAUCUAAAUGCAAAAAAUUUACGCGGAGAAACCAGUCUACACAUAGCCUUUCAAAAUUAUUUUAAAGAAAUUACCGAAUUCUUUAUUUCACAUGGUGCAAAUAUCAACGAGAAAAAUCAAUAUGGAGAAACUGUUCUUCAUAUUGCAUCAGACAAAAAUAAUAAAGAAAUGCUUGAAUAUCUUAUUACGCAUGGCUCAGAUGUCAAUGCAAAGGAUAGAGAUUUCAAGACAGCUCUACAUCAUUCAACAUAUUUUAAAAAUAAUAUAUUGCUGAACUUCUUGUUUUGCAUGGUUCAGAUAUUAAUGCAAAAGAUAAAGAUGGGAAAACAGCUCUUCAUUAUGCAGUGCAUUAUUCUAAUAAAGAAGUGGCCGAGUUUCUUCUUUCACAUGGUGCAAGCAUUAACGAAAAAGAUGGGAAAGGAAAAACUUCUCUUCAUCUUGCAGCAUUUAAAAAUGAUAAAGAUUUAA